AUGACACGAGAAUAUAUACCCAUUGGUAGCAAAGCUUUCAACGAGGUGUUUAGAAGGGUCGGUAAUGAUAACCUAAUACAACAAGAAACCUCAACCAUAGCCUCACUUUUUCAUCAAGUCAAUGCGAAUGUUUCAUUUCUCAAGGAAGUUUUAAAGCGUGCUUCUCAAGUUCACUUACGUAGACUACGGGAUCAGGUGGUGAGAAGUCGAUGGGGGGAUGACUGGUGGCGCGUUCGGAGGGGUACUCCAGAUGGCACCGCGACCUCCUACUCCACCGAGUGUAGAUGCCCUAGCCAGGAUAAUGAAAAUGUUGGCAGCUGUCAUGCAGCAACAGACUACUUACCCGCAAUGGAGGCCAACUAUGGCAUCAUCCUCUGCUGGAUUCCACCAAUCAGAGUAGAUGGGGCUGACUGA